UCUCAAUCUCCACUGUAUACCUCUAUUUUGAUGGAUCCAAAAAAUCAUCACUUUGAUCAACGUUAACUCUUUAUUAGUAUAGUAUUCUUAACAUGUUUUUCAGUUAGUCUAUUGUGGAUGCUACAUGCUGCUGUUUAAGAUCAGAUUUGUGCAUGUACCUUUUAUUUUCGAGAGGGAGAUGGCAGCGGCCGGGGGCGUAGACCUCAGUCGGAAAUUUGUGUCAGAGACUGAGAUUGAGGAGAAGAGGAAGCAAAGACAGGAGGAAUGGGAAAAAGUUAGGAAGCCAGAGGACCCAGAGGAGGCUCCUGAGGAAGAGUAUGAUGGGCGUUCACUCUUUGAGCGGCUACAGGAGCAGAAGGACAAGAAGCAGGAGGAGUACGAUGAGCAGUUUAAAUUCAAGAACAUGGUGAAAGGCCUGGAUGAGGAUGAGUCUCACUUCUUGGAUGAGGUCUCCAGGCAACAGAGCCUGGUGGAGAAACAACGCAGAGAUGAGGAGAUGCAUGAACUAAAAGAGUACAGAAGUGCUCUGAAAAAGCUGGCAUCCAGUGAGAGUCGGAAGGAGCCAGAGAGGAGGGCGGGACCUAAACCAGCCGAGGUCAAGACCAGUCACCUUUCCCAGGCCCACCUGUUGGCCGGGGCAGUCAAGCGACGCAGCUCUUCACAGUCCUCAGACAAUAGCAAGAAACAGAAGGUUGAGGAGUCUGCAGCAUGGAAUGGGGGCCAGACAGAGCAGGAGGCGGGCGGAGAUGUGGGUGAGCAGGGCUCCACAGUAAAGACGACAGGCAUCCUCCACGUGCCAUCGGCCGCUGUGUGUGUGGGCAUCCUGCCGGGCCUGGGAGCCUACUCCGGCAGCAGUGACUCUGAGUCAAGCAGCGACAGCGAAGUUUAAAUCCCUGGCAGCCUAACCUGAUGACAUCCCCCAGCAGCUGCAGCUGUGCUAUUGGCCAAGGAAACAGUGACUGACAGCUGUGGAUCAAGGACAAGACUGCCACAUCACAUUCAUACCAAACCUUAGAAAACAUAAAGAAAGCAAGCCAGUGCUUUGUGGGCAAUCUCAGAUGCAAUGUAGGUGGAAAUAUUUCUUUUUGAUGCAUCAGUGCAAAUAAUUCUGGAUUUUAAUGGACUUCUCCAUUGAAAUGUGUGUUUGAUCAUUGGAAGGUCGAGGCUUGGGGAGAAGAAAGUAAAGAGUUUUCUCUUUUGUCUAUUUGGUAUGAAGAGUUGGCGUGCAUGAAUGAAUGUUGAAUGAUAAAUGGAAUUAAAUUCAGUUUGAAUAAAAUGGAAGUGACUGUU